AUGGCUCAAGACUCAGCCUCCAUGAACCCAACUGGUGAGCCGACAGGCCCCAAGGUGGAUGUUCCUCCUGCCGCCAACAACCAACAGAACGCUGGUCAAGAUGGAGCCGCACCUAAAGUGAAGAGCGAGAAAGAGCUGGAGCGAGAGCGCAAGAAGGCCGAGAAGUUGAAGAAGUUCCAGGAGAAACAGGCAAAGGCCGCCGCUAAACCCGCCGCUCCGAAAGCCGAAAAGAAAGCGCCCAAGGUCGAGAAGGAAAAGACGACCGAUGCGUACGACCCCAAGGUUAUCGAGGCUGGCCGAUACCAAUGGUGGGAGGAACGCGAUCUUUUCAAGCCUGAGUUUGGCCCCGAUGGCAAGGUUAGGCCGGAGGGCUACUUCGUUAUUCCGAUUCCUCCUCCCAACGUCACCGGAUCGCUGCACAUGGGACACGCCCUUACGAAUGCCCUUCAAGACACCAUGAUCCGUUGGCAACGAAUGAAGGGCAAGACCACUCUGUGGCUCCCUGGUAUGGAUCAUGCCGGUAUCUCCACCCAGAGCGUGGUUGAGAAGAUGCUUUGGAAGAAGGAAAAGAAGACCCGCCACGACUUGGGUCGCAAGGAAUUCUUGGACAGAGUCUGGGCUUGGAAGCACGAGUACCAUGGUAACAUCGGCAACGCUCUCCGGAGAGUCGGAGGCUCAUUUGACUGGACUCGAGAGGCCUUCACCAUGGACGACAACCUGUCCGCCGCUGUCACCGAGACUUUCGUCCGCCUCCACGAGGAGGGCAUUAUCUACCGUGCUAACCGCCUGGUCAACUGGUGUGUGGCCCUCAACACUUCUUUGUCCAACCUCGAGGUCGAAAACAAGGAAGUUGAGGGACGUACGCUUCUCGAUGUUCCGGGCUAUGACAAGAAGGUCGAGUUUGGUGUUUUGACUCACUUCUGCUACGAGAUUGAUGGUACGAAGGAGAGGAUCGAAAUUGCUACAACUCGUCCUGAGACCAUGGUUGGUGACAGUGGUAUCGCUGUUCACCCCGAUGACAAGCGCUACAAGCACUUGAUCGGCAAGGCUGCGCGCCACCCCUUCAUUGAUCGUCUGCUUCCUAUUGUUGCUGACCCCGAAGUCGACCCCGAGUUCGGUACUGGUGCCGUGAAGAUUACCCCCGCUCAUGACUUCAACGAUUUCAACCGUGGAAAAGCCCAUAACCUGGCUUUCAUCUCCGUUAUGAACGACGAUGGUACAUUCAACAGGAACGGUGGUCCAUUUGCCGGUAUGAAGCGCUUCGAUGCUCGUUACAAGGUUAUCGAGAUGUUGAAGGAGAAGGGUCUGUACGUCAAGUGGGAGCACAACCCCAUGAAGAUCCCUCGGUGUUCUAAGUCAAACGAUGUUAUCGAGCCUAUCCUUAAGCCACAGUGGUGGAUGAAGAUGGAAGGACUUGCUGAGCCUGCCAUCAAGGCUGUCGAAAAUGGCGAAAUCAUCAUCAGACCCGAGUCUGCUGAGAAGAGCUACUUCCGCUGGCUGCGCGGUAUCAACGACUGGUGUCUGUCUCGACAGCUUUGGUGGGGCCACCAAGCCCCUGCUUAUUUCGUGCAGAUUGAGGGCGAGGAGAGCGAUGACAGCGAUGGUAACCUCUGGGUCACCGGCCGCAACGAGGAGGAGGCCCAGAAGAAGGCUGAGGCGAAGUUCCCUGGCAAGACAUUUACCCUUAAGAGAGAUGAAGACGUGCUGGACACCUGGUUCUCUUCGGGACUCUGGCCGUUCUCGACUCUCGGCUGGCCUCGUCAGACUCACGACCUUGAGAACCUGUACCCUACGUCCGUUCUCGAGACUGGUUGGGAUAUUCUUUUCUUCUGGGUUGCCCGAAUGAUCAUGCUGGGUAUUAAGAUGACUGGCAAGGUUCCCUUCAAGGAGGUUUACUGCCACUCUCUCAUUCGUGACUCUGAGGGUCGUAAGAUGUCCAAGUCUCUGGGCAACGUUAUCGACCCUCUCGAUGUUAUGGAGGGUAUCAAGCUUGACGACCUCCACGCCAAGCUUCUCGUUGGUAACCUUGCCGAAAAGGAGGUUGCUACGGCCACCAAGUACCAGAAGAAGGCGUUCCCCAAGGGUAUUCCAGAGUGCGGUGCCGAUGCUCUGCGAUUCUCCCUUGUGUCCUACACUACUGGCGGUGGCGAUAUUGCGUUUGACAUCCAGGUCAUUCACGGAUACCGCAAGUUCUGUAACAAGAUCUAUCAGGCCACCAAGUUCGUUCUUGGAAAGCUUGGUGAUGACUUUCAGCCACAGGCGACCCCAUCAAAGACCGGCAAGGAAUCUCUUUCCGAGCGUUGGAUUCUGCACAAAUUCAACGUCGCCGCUAAGGAGGUGAACGCUGCUCUGGAGGACCGCGAAUUCUCCGUUGCUGCUUCCACAAUCUACCAGUUCUGGUACAGCCAGCUCUGCGACGUGUUCAUUGAGAACUCUAAGUCUCUCCUGGCUCCUGAGCUGCCGCAAGAAGUGCAGGAGUCUGCUAAGCAGACCCUUUACACCGCUCUUGAGGGCGCUUUGACCAUGAUCCACCCUAUCAUGCCGUAUGUCACCGAGGAAUUGUGGCAGCGUCUGCCUCGCCGUCCUGGUGACAACACUAUCUCGAUCAUGAAGGCUAGGUUCCCCGAGUACAAGGCAGAGUUCGACGACUCUGCAGCUGAAACUGCUUAUGAGCUUAUCCUUAACACGUCUAAGGCCAUUCGCUCGAUCCUUGCUCAGUACGACGUCAAGACCAAGGGCGAUGUUAUUGUCCAGACAUACGAUGAGACCAGCCACAAGACUGUUUCGGAUGAGCUUCACAUUGUUAAGUCUCUCGGUGGUAAGACUCUUGGUGAACUGAGUGUCCUCGGUCCCAAGAACACCACUCCUCCUUCGGGCUGUGUCGUUGCGGCCGUCGGUUCACAAGCUGCUGUCUACCUUCGCGUGUCCAAGGAAGUUGCCCUUGAACAGGAAGAGAAGGGCAAGGCCAGUCUGGAGAAGGCACGGGAUGCCGUUCGUCGCCAGACUGCCCUGAUCAGCGGUGCUGGAUGGAAGGAGAAGGCGAAGCCUGAAGUGCGUGAGCAGGAAGAGAAGAAGCUCCGAGAUGCCGAGAGCGAGGUUGCUCGGUUGGAGGAGCAAAUUCGGGAAUUCGAAAAGCUACGCUUGGAGUAG